GUUACAGACGUUCCUGUGCUUGUAGUGUCUACUGUACAACUGCUCAUCAGAACAGCAAGUCAGUAGGUUUGAUACUUUGAAACACUACGCGCAAAAAUGGCCCAAUGCACGGAACCGUCUACCAGCACCGGGGCGAACGGAGAGCUGAAAAAGCCAAGGAAGGUCGCUGUUAUCACGGGCAUCACUGGACAGGAUGGCUCCUACCUGGCUGAGUUCCUGCUGGAGAAGGGCUAUGAGGUUCAUGGUAUCCUGCGAAGAUCCAGCUCUUUCAACACCGGUCGUAUUGAGCACCUGUACCAGAACCCCCAGACACACACUGAGGGAAAGGAUGGAACUACAGGUGGCCACAUGAAGCUACACUAUGGGGACCUGACAGACAGCACUUGCCUGGUGAAGAUCAUCAACCAGGUCAAACCUACAGAAAUCUACAACCUGGGAGCCCAGAGCCACGUCAAGAUCUCUUUUGAGCUGGCUGAGUACACAGCUAAUGUGGACGGUGUUGGUACCCUGCGUCUGCUGGACGCUAUAAAGACGUGUGGUCUGACCAACAGUGUCAAGUUCUACCAGGCCUCUACUAGUGAACUCUAUGGGAAGGUACAGGAGAUCCCUCAGAAGGAGACCACGCCGUUCUACCCCCGCUCACCUUACGGUGCUGCUAAGUUGUAUGCUUAUUGGAUUGUGGUGAACUUCAGGGAGGCCUAUAACCUGUUUGCUGUCAACGGGAUCCUCUUCAACCACGAGAGCCCAAGAAGAGGAGCGAACUUCGUGACGCGUAAGAUCAGUCGUUCUGUGGCGAAGAUUCACCUGGGCCAGCUGGAGAGCUUUAGUCUGGGUAACCUGGACUCCAAGAGAGACUGGGGCCACGCCAAGGACUACGUAGAGGCUAUGUGGCUGAUGCUUCAGCAGGAGGAGCCAGAGGACCUUGUCAUAGCGACGGGGGAGGUCCAUAGUGUCAGGGAGUUUGUGGAGAAGUCCUUCAAACAUGUGGGCAAGACCAUUGUGUGGGAGGGGAAAGAUGAGAACGAGGUUGGUCGUUGCCAGGAGACAGGGGUGAUUCAUGUGAAGGUGGACUCCAAGUACUACCGUCCUACUGAAGUGGUGAGUCGUGUGUGUGUGUGUGUAUGUGUGCGUGCGUGCGUGCGUGCGUGUUGGGGGAUGAUGAAGUGGUAAUGCACCAACCUGACC